AUCGUCAAACAAGAUGCCUGGCAAAGGAAAAACUCCGAAAGAGAAAAAGGAAAAGAAGAAAAAGACUUCCAUCGAUAAAUCGGGCGAUGAAGCGGCGGAAGGCGAAGAAGACAAAGCUAAAUCAGGCAAGAAGAAAAAAGGCUCGAAAGGCAAAAAAGGCGGCGGAAAAGGAAAAUCAAGCAAAUUUUCGGGAGACAUGUUCAGCGAAGCAGCAAUCGAAAAUUCGUACUAUUUGUGUCACAAUAUACAAGAUGUGCUGAAAAGUCGAGGAUUUAUAUGGCCUGAGCUGCAAAAGAAGAAGAAAAAGGGCAAAAAACGAUAAAAUAUUUGUUUGCUGUCAA